AUGCGUCCGAUUCUGUCAGCCUCAGGGACAUACAACUAUAAGUUAGCUAAAUGGUUGGAGGAAAAGCUCAAGCCUCUCUCGAUGAAUGAAUACACCAUUGACGACGCUCUUGUUUUCUCUAAAGAAAUUCGCGAACAUCCUGUCCUUGAAGGUGAUAUACUGGCUUCAUACGACGUAACGUCAUUGUUCACAAAUGUCCCAGUUCAGGAAACCAUCAACAUCCUUGUCGAGAAAGCCUUCACCGAUAAUUGGUUCAAUUCAACGUACGAUCUCAACUUACAGAAGGAUCAGCUCACUCAACUUCUCAGAAUGGCUUCCACUGACCAACUUUUCCAAUUUGAUGGUCAACUUUACGAACAGUGUGAAGGAGUUGCUAUGGGGUCCCCCCUUGGUCCUUUGUUGGCGAACGUGUUUAUGUGCCAUCUGGAAGAAAGACUAUCUAACGAUGAUUUAAUUCCUUCUUAUUACAAGCGUUAUGUCGACGAUACGCUUGCAAUAAUGCCUGGACUCGAUGCAGCUGUAAGAUUGCAUCCAGCGGGACCCCUUUUUACCAAUGUCCGCGAUGCUCGGUUCCGGCUAGAUCCAAGUGAUGCUAGAUACGUUGAUGUCAUACACUCCGACGUGCCACCGAAAAGUGGUGUCUUCGGUUUCGGGAUGCUUAAGGAGGCUGGCCAUGCAGACUUUUUUCCAAAUGUAAGCGUCAAACAGCCUGGCUGUAGACAAAGCCUCGCUAAACUGGGUAUGUACAUCUUCCGGACCGUAAUCUGUGACCAUAUGAGGGCUCCAAAAUUCUACAUUGCAUCAGUAAACCAAUGCUCCUGGAGAGCGCAUCCUUGCAAGAGUCUUGAAGAUUGUGAGAGAGGAACUUACGCAAUAUGCAAUAGCGGAUGCUUCUCAAUGGGAUUUAGAGCCGACAAACCAAAGAGAACUGGCAGAUUUUAUUUGAAGACCACCAGCAACUCGCCAUUUUGCUCUAUGUUGUUUUAUAUUUUGGCUAUUGUUGCUUUGUGUUCUUUCAGAUCCUUUCGUGAGACGCACCGUUAUUCCAGCUCAGAUUAG